AAUGUUUCCUUGAUAGGUUAAUAUAAACCCUCUCUCUCUCUCUCUCUAACUUUGAGAUAAUUUCUUUCAUCGAACGUUUCAGACAACUGUUAACGGUAACCUCAUAUACAACUUCUGUUACAAUAAACCUGUAAUUUCGCUUUUCUUGUGUUUCGAUCAAGUUUAUUAAUCCGUAUAUGCAAAACACGAAGAUAUGGAGUGGGACUGGGAAAAACAUGAUAUUUUCAGUUCCAAAAAGCUAAAAUCAUCCGAAUAUAUCGAUAGGUCUUUUAAUCUUUCUGGAGUUGUUAAAGUUGAUAGCAAUUCAUCAAUUGAAUCUUCACUCAAAGGAGGAAUGGAAGAAUUAAGCUUCUCAUCUGAAGUUUCUAGAAGUUUCCAUAAACCGUAUAGUUAUAUGAAUGGAAGUUCUCCGUCUUUGGAGGCUUCAGUUUGCUCUUCUGAUCAGUCAGUUGGUUUAAAACUUGGUAAAAGAACAUCUUCUUCCUUAAAAGUGAAGAUAUCAUGUGUACCGGAUGUGAAAAAGGCUAAGUUAUUACACCAGAGUACAGCGGUUGUGCGAUGUCAAGUUGAAGGGUGCAACCUUGAUCUUUCAUCUGCUAAAGAAUACUAUAAGAAACAUCAAGUUUGUGAAAAUCAUUCAAAGUCCUCGAAAGUUGUUUUGGGUGGUGUUGAACGACGCUUCUGCCAACAAUGUAGCCGAUUUCACGGGCUGUCAGAAUUUGAUGGGAAGAAGCGGAGCUGUCGCCAGAGGCUUUCUGACCACAAUGCCCGUCGCCGAAAGCCACAAAAAGAAAAAGAAACUGUCCACUUUAACUCAAGAAGUCAGUCUUCAUCAUUUUAUGAUGGGCAACAUCAAAUAAGUUUUGUGUCUAACAAUGUUCCUGAACUGGUUCAACCCGAACCUGCUUUGAACUCUAUUUGGGAAACCACACGCAAUUCCCAGCACACAGCCGGUGUUUUUCAUCAAGAAGCAUACCGUGCUCUCUCUCUUCUGUCAAACAAUUCAUGGGGUUCAUGUGAGUCGGACUUCAGCGCACUUGACCAACCCAUGCAUGCAAAUGGUACCACUAUGGCGCAACAUGGGAUGCAUUCCGCUCACCACAAUUUGUCACCUGAGAACUGGCAAGUUGACCCCCACAUUCAAGAAUCUCAUAUUCUCAAAGAACCGUAUGGAUAUUAUUAAUAUGUGAAUUAAAUUGAUGAAAUUUUGGGACUUGCCAAAAUCACAAGGUAGGUAAGUUGUUUAGAUUAUGUUAUGUUUAAUUUUCAACCGUUAGGUAAGUUGUUUAGAUUAUGUUAUGUUUUAUUUUCAACCGUUGAGUUUUGAUAAUUAACACUUAAAAUGGUUGAGGGUUUGGCAUA